CCCCUCCUCCUCGGGGAAGAGCAUAUUCCGAUCGAUGCAUUAAAGUCUGUUUUGCGCUCAGGCAAAUGUACGGGAUUGAGCGAGGUUGAGCAUUUGCCAUCCCGUGAAUAAGCCAACAGAGGGGUUCCUAACCCGUGGUACCAAAGAAGCUCUUGGGUCAAAUCGGUGAAGCGCAGACAGACCGGUGGUGUGGACCGUCUCUCUCCCUCGCUCGCUGCCUCCCUCGCUCUCUCUCUCUCUAUCUCUCGCUCUCUCUCUCGCUCUGAAACGCUGACAUGGCCUCCACGUUGCUCAGCCGGCAGCUGGCUCUCUCCCUGCAGCAGAACCUACGCAUCGCCGCCCCAGGAUACCGAUAUGUCAGCAAAACCGCCACAAAGACGCUGGAGGAGUUUGAGUACGACGGCCCGUCCAUGAAGACCGAGGUCCCAGGACCCCGCUCCAGAGAGCUGACCAAGCAGCUGGGUGAAAUCCAGAAUGUUGGUGCUGUGAACUUCUUCUGCAACUACGACGACAGCCGCGGGAAUUACCUGGUGGAUGUGGACGGCAACCGCAUGCUGGACGUGUACACCCAGAUUUCCUCCAUCCCCAUAGGUUACAACCACCCGGCCCUCAUGAAAGUAAUGACAAACCCAAACAAUUUGAGUGCGUUUAUAAACCGGCCUGCCCUUGGGAUCCUGCCCCCAGAGAACUUUCCGGACAAGCUGGGAGAGAGCCUCCUUUCAGUGGCCCCCAGUGGCAUGAAUCGAGUUCAGACCAUGGCCUGUGGGUCUUGCUCCAACGAAAACGCCUACAAAGCCAUGUUCAUCUGGUACAGGAACAAGGAGAGGGGCCACAACAUACCAUCCCAGGAGGAGGUCAACAGCUGUAUGGUCAACCAGGUCCCUGGCUGCCCUGACCUCAGCAUCCUGUCCUUCAUGGGAGGAUUCCAUGGGAGAACCCUGGGCUGCCUGGCAACCACACACUCCAAGGCCAUUCACAAGCUGGACGUGCCGUCCUUCGACUGGCCCAUCGCCCCCUUCCCCAAACUGCGCUACCCUCUAGAGGAGUUCACCCGCGAGAACGCCCAGGAGGAGUCCCGCUGCCUGGAGGAGGUGGAGGACCUCAUCGUGAAGUGGAGGCAGAAGGGCAAGCCGGUGGCUGGCAUUGUGAUUGAGCCAAUCCAGGCCGAGGGAGGGGACAACCACGCCUCCCCCAGUUUCUUCCGCAGCCUGAGGAACAUCGCCAGGAAGCACGGCUGUGCAUUCCACGUGGACGAGGUGCAGACGGGCGGCGGAUCCACCGGAAAGUUCUGGGCACACGAGCACUGGGAUAUGGACGACCCGGGUGACAUCGUCUCCUUCAGCAAGAAGCUCCUCACUGGCGGUUACUAUCACAAAAACGAGCUGACCGCUGACAAGCCGUACAGGAUCUUCAACACCUGGAUGGGAGACCCCUCUAAGAACAUUUUCCUGGUGGAGGUGCUGAAUGUGAUUAAGAGGGAGAGGCUGCUGGAGGAGGUGACUCGCUCUGGGAAAGCGCUGAUGCACGGCCUGUACGAGCUCCAGGAUCAGUACCCUCACCUCCUGAGUGGGGCCAGGGGCAAGGGCACUUUCUGCGCCAUUGACGUCUGUGACGACCCCACACGCAACAACCUCAUCGCCAAGGCCCGGAACAAGGGGGUGAUCCUGGGCGGGUGCGGGGAUCGCUCAAUCCGGUUCCGGCCCGCGCUGGUCUUCAAAGAGUUCCACGUCCACCUCUUCCUCAACAUCUUCAACGACGUGCUGGCCGAGUACAAGUAGGGGAAGAGGGGGGGAAGCCGACGCCCUCUGAAGCACAAGGGUCCAAUCCGAGGAGAGAUUCACAAACGGCAUUUCGCAAAAAAUAGUCUAAUACGAGAGCCAGUCCAAGCCCCUUUUUCCUCCCCCACACAGACGGGGGAGGCCAGACACCUGGAUUUAGAAGUUCUGCGUCCUACAUCUCCAUGGCGUUAAGCACAAUGCCCCCCCCCAUUAAUUUUUUCGUGUGAAUAAUUUUAAAUGAAACGUCCAGCAUUUCCUAAAUUGAUCAAACCUAAUUUAUUGCAUGAAGAUACUGGAAAUGUUUUAGUUUUUUUCUUCUUGCACAGAAAAACGGUGAAAUGUGUGUGUUAACGGUGCUAAGAUGAAGCAGUGCGUUGUAAGGACAGGCACGUGGAGCGGGAGAGCGGGAGAGCGUUUGUGUUUUGGGGGUGCGAGGAGGGGAACACUGGUAUCAUGUUUCAGAAUGACAGGCUCGCACUUGCUGCUGAAGGUCACAGAUAAAGAGAGGUGUCUUUCCAGUCUUAAGUCCAUGCCCUUCCCCCUCCCCCCGCGGUGACCGCAGUUGGGCUAAAACGGAGCAAAAGGUCAUUUUCAUUGGCUUAGGGCCAACGUAAUAAGCUGGAACAGUAAACCCCCCCCCAACCACAAGCCAAGAUGGCAGCAGAGAGUUUUGAGUCUUCACUCAGUCCACUUUGAGCCACAAAAAUACUCACUGAGCAAAAAACAAAAGAAUGAAAAGUGUAAUGUUAGUGAGAGUCACAGUACUGGCUUUGUCUGGUCUUCUCCGCUACAGGCUGGCGAAGUGGGCACCUCCCCCACUGUGUGUGAAUAGCCUAUCGUGUGUGCCAAGGUUCUUAACUGUAAGGGUUCACCCCGAACAUUGGUUUUUCAUUAGACGGAGAGUUACGAUGAUGUCUAUUGGUAAGUGCUAGAAUAUAUUUGUCGGUAAAACUACAUUUUAUCUAUUAAUGAAGAGAAAUUGUAAAUGUCUUUCACUUGCCCUGCUUAUUUAGCAACGUUUUUGUGUAUAAAAUAAAGAUAUUGUAAAUAGUCACUUUUGGGAUAAAUAUUAAUUCUUUUUUAGUGUAAUAAAUGACUGCCCCCUCCAGUCAGGGACAUGAGGGAGAGAAAUGGAUUUAUUUUUUUUAAUAAGAGCUAUGGAUUUCAACACAUCCUAACAGAAGCUGCUAUCCAUUUUCCCCCUGCCAAGAACAGAAUUUAUUUUACAAGCAAUUGUCACAGAGUCAACAUCUAGGCCAACAUCCUUUAAGCCAGUCCAUUUUACUGUCACUUGUCUCAGCAAAAAAAGUCACUUCUGCGCACAAGCCAACUUUGUUUUUUGCGUUGUUUUUUUAACCCUUCCUCUAACAUUGCUGCAGCCGUUGUGCUUUGCUCAGGUGAAUAUGACCCUUUCUGUUUUUUUUACAUGUUUAAGGUGUGUGUGUGUGUGUCGUCAGUGUAAAUCCAGAGCGCACAGAAGUAGCUUGCUCAGAAAACGUGUGAACGGUGUUGGAUGUCACAGUGCAACUCUUUUCCUAAAUCUAAAACGCCAAUCAUAACUUGUUUUGCUUCUUAACCAUGGCAUUUCUGGAUCAUUUAAGCAAUACUUAUUACUGAAACGCAUCAGCCUAGUUGCAGAAAAUUACUAGAUUUGUUUUGGCAAUCAAGACAGCAGAGCAGAUAUCGGUACCCCUGUUGUCACAAAAUCUUAACCCUAGCAACAUUAUAGUAUUUUCAUUUAAAAACAAACCAAAAAAACAAACCUGAUACAUGCUGUGUACAUACAUAAAAUUAUACAUUUGCAUCUAUUUACAUGUCUUAAUUUAGCUUGGGGUAAAAGGUGCCAGAUGGAUUAAUUUACCUGUGGAGUCCAUGUAAUGCACACAUGCUGUUGUAUAACAGUACUUUUAAAAGUGGCCAAAUCCACUGUAAACACUACUUGUUUUUGAAUGCCUCUAUAAAUGUUUUAAAUGUUGUGGACAGCAAGUAGGACAGCGAGUAUGGGCAACAUCAUUUCUGUUGGCCUCUCAGAUCUGGGGUGAUAGAAUAUGACCAUGUCUCAAAAACAAUGCAGUUACAAUUAUGUUAUGUUAAGAAUGUGCAAGUCAGUGCUGUGUAGAGAAAUGUUUUGUCCACAGCCUAGUUAAUGACUUUAAAAAGGGAGACAUAAAACAUUACUGUGCGUUAACACUGUUUUGUGAAGGAUUGCUGGUUAUUGAUGUAAUGAAUUAAGCUUGGUCUAACUUUGUUGUCAUUUUAAAUCUCUGUAUGGAAAAUAAAUCUUAAAAGACCUUUUGAUUAAUCCAA